AUGGAGAUUGAUACUAAAGCUUUUACUCUUAUCCCUAUGUUAGUUCUUUUAUCGUUUUUUCAUCUUUCUUUGGUUUCUUGUCAUAAAAAUGUAAAUGGCUUCACUCUGGAUCUUAUCCACCAUGAUUCUCCUCUCUCGCCUUAUCACAUUCCAUCAAACACUCCAUUUGAACGCCUUCAAAAUGCCUUCUAUCGAUCAUCCUCCCGAGCUUCAUUCUUUAAGAAAAAAUCUCAUGUUAAUUCAAUCCAAUCGACUAUUACUGCAACCGAUGGUGAAUACCUCAUGAAAAUCUCAAUUGGAACUCCUCCAAUAGAUAUUUUUGCCUUUGCUGACACUGGAAGUGACUUAACAUGGACACAAUGUGAGCCUUGUGUUGAUUGCUACAAACAAUUGGCACCUAUUUUCAAUCCCAAGAAUAGUUCUUCUUAUAAAACUAUUGGUUGUAACAAUGAACUUUGUGAUCAAAAAGUAGGGUUUCUCUCAUGUAAGAAUGAUACAUGUAAUUAUAAAGAGAUUUAUGGUGACAAUUCUUAUACCAUAGGUGAACUUUCUAGUGAAACUUUCACAUUUGUUUCUACUUGUGGUGAAAAUGUCUCAAUUCCUAACAUUGCCUUUGGUUGUGGACAUGCCAAUAGGGGCACUUUCACUAAUGUCACUUCUGGCAUCAUUGGCUUAGGUGGUGGCAAGACCUCAAUUGUCAACCAAAUAAAUCAAGAAAUCAAAGGAAAAUUCUCUUAUUGUUUGAUCCCAUUCGAAUCAUCAUCAACUAAUUCCAGCAUAACUAGUCACAUCAACUUUGGUGACACUGCUAUCGUGUCAGGCCCUGGAGUCGUUUCAACUCCCUUGAUAAGAGUGCAAACCUUCUAUACUCUAUCUUUGGAAAGUAUUAGCAUUGGAAAUAAGACUUUGCCAUUCAGAUCUUCUAAUUUUAGUUCCAUCCCUCCACAAGGUAAUAUUAUCAUUGAUUCAGGUACAACACUUACGCUUGUCCCUGUUGAUUUUUACGCGGAGUUGGAGAAAACAUUGGUGGAUUCUAUUAAUGCUACUAGGAAACAAGAUCCAUCUAAGUCCUAUAACUUAUGUUACACGUCUGAGAGUGGCACUAUCGAUGUUCCUAAGAUUGUUGUACAUUUUACAAAUGCGGAUUUAGAGUUGCCACCAACAAACACAUUUGUACAAGUGGCUGAAGGUUUGGUUUGUUUUACAAUGGUGCCUGAUGAAGAGGUUUCAAUUUUAGGGAACUUGGCACAAAUGAAUUUUUUAAUUGGAUUUGAUCUUGUGGCCAACAAAGUUUCAUUUUUACCUACUGAUUGCACUAAGCAUUAA